AUGCCCCAAACGGGCCACGUGGUUGACGCCCUGGACCAACACGAGGGCCGUAUCGGAUUCUGGCAGGUGUUAUCCGACUUGUUCACCAUAACAAAUGCCGACAUUUCGGGGUGCAGUGCCAGACCCGGUUGCCGGCAGACGUCGCGCACAUUGGGACCCCUGCCGUUCCCCAUUGUUGCUGUCGGUCAAAAACCUGGUGAUAUGCUGUGUGGACCAGGGGGUGUGGAGUGGAGCACCAAGGUGCGGAAUGGACCGUGCCAUCCACCUGCGCCCUCCCCCGCCUCCGGUCUUAUUGACUCUGUCUUGACACCGGGUCCAGGUGGGGGAGGAGGAGGAGGAGGAGGAGGAGGAGGAGGAGGAGGCGGAGAGGGUGCGGUAGAUGCCGAACAAGUCUACUAUCACUAUAAACUAGUUCACGCACAAGUCACCGUCCCUGCUCUCACCUUGAUGUGAAGCACACGUUGGACAUCGUCGGAAUCGUAGGUCGAACUGCCGUUGCAUGCGCGCGUGCUGACGUUGCAGUCGGUCGGAGCGUAAGAUCAGUACGGCCAAGUAAAUAUCUCAGGGAAGGCGACUAACCUUGACGCGCUAAGGCGGACGAUGGACGAAGGCGACGGGUGGCAUCAUUAUGGCUAUCAGCGAAAGCACAGGCCAGGUAAAAAUGCCAGACCGGCAAAUGACUUACCAGAACGGUUGCAAUGACCGGCCGGGUACGAAGGCUAGGGCAACGGGGCUUCCGAAAGCAUAGGCGAGGUCAAAGACCGUAUCCGAAGAGGAGGACGCAGACCCCAACGGCCGACCAAAGUGGACCUUGCUGUGAAGCACGAAAUAGCAGGGUGUUUAGGACUGCCUGACGGUCGAUGCAAAUACAUUUCUCUUUAUGACCACGUGCCAAAAAUGGUGGAAAAAACUUUCCCCAAAUAAAAAGUUGGGGCUGCAGAAUUAGCAAGACUGUCGGUCGGAUCUUAUUUCAUAGCCGCACCCGCAGUACACAAGCCCCAGCCGCUUGUCAUACAGGACCAGCAGUAACCCCAACCCCCUAACCCUCACCCUAACUCAUAACCCCAACCCCUAACUCCUAACCUCAAACCAUAACCCUAAUACUAACCCCUAACCCUUAACGCCAGCCCCUAACCCUAACUCAUAACCCCAACCCCUAACCCCUAACAGAUACGGCCACGAAAAAGGAUCUUGUCAGACUGUCAAAGUGCGAUGGUCGACAACUUGAAGGUAACCAAAUCCUAACCUCUAACCAUAACCCUAACAUUAACCCCUAGCUCAAACCCCUAACAGAUACGGCUACGAAAUAGGAUCCUGUCAGACUGUCAAAGGUUACCAAAUCAGAAGACAGGGGUGGGAGUGUUAGAUGAACAAGCCUUUACUGAGACAGAUGGGCGUACAGGCAGCAGUUGCAGCUAGCCUCCUCACCCCGCAAGCGAGUGUGGCGUUGGAGUUGUUGGACCUCGGCACCGAGUACCUACACGCCUUUGUCUGAGAUGUGUACGCCUCCAACCAAUCCUAAUCAAUCUCCCGCAAGCUGCUGCCAAGUCGCAAGCGCCUCCAGCGGCGAGUUGACGGGUAGUGUAAGGCGGACAGAAAGGCGACAUAGAUAGUGGCGAUCGCGGGGGCAAACUGCCACAAAACAACGCUUAUUGCUGUAUUGAAACGUAAAAGCGGCUCAGAAGACAACGGGAGCAAUAGGUCAAUCAAACCGAAAGCCGGCCGUUGAUGUUGUGCCGUCUGCGGGAAGCGUGGGAGUGCGCCUGGACUAUGUCCGGCUGCGGUCAGUCAAUGAAGGAAAAGUAUCGAUCGCCGCUACAAUGUUGGCAAGCUGAAGACUGAGUCGUGGGCGCGAGGGGGGGGGAGGGGUUAGGUCGCUGUUGUCAUGCCAAACGGGCCGUCACAGGAGCGUUUGGGGAUUCCCCACCGGUGCUCCCAACCUUGAAUCAUUUGAAAUCCAAUCAUUAAGUCGAAAGUCAGCAGUCUUGUAGCCCAGAUCACCUAAAGAGACAGCAAACAAGUGGGAGGCUUUUUAAUAAGUUAAGACUGAGAAAUGGUCAUCUCCCAGCCACUCAUCUUAAUCGCUGAUAUCGAAUUGUUGGAGUUUCAGCCUGCUUUUCUGGAGAAGGGGGUUCUUGAUCGACUGCUGAGUUGAAUAUCGAUUUCAAGGGAAAUGAUCAAUAUGUGAAAAUGAGUAUCGGUGUGUCACCUUAGGUUGUAGUGAAAAUUUACUGUGGUUUAGAUGCCAGUAAUACCAGUUCACAGGAUUCAGAAUUACUAGGAUAAUCCUGUAGAGUAUUCCUGAUAUUCAGUGCCAGUGUGUUAUGUUUUAGGCUUAGAUUAGACAGGUCAGUUCGAAAGGUCUCUCAGUCGGGCUGACUAAAACAGCGUGAACAUUGAUAUUUUCAAAGUGACACCACCAAAAAGCGGAAAAAUGAUGCCAGCUCCCUAUGUAUCCCGUUAUACCGGACGAUCUACACAUGCGUAGGAUCUUGGUUAUGGAGGCUUGCACAACAUCGAUCCCGCACCCCCCCCCCCCCUCCCACACACCCAUCGUGCAGAUGGGUGCAGACGCAUUGGUUGGACACAUUCACUCCCGUCUCCCCUCCGUAUCAUAAAAUGAUAAUCGAAUUUCUGAAAUAUGUCUCCGAUACAAAGAGAUUGGUUUGGUAGGGUUGUACUAUCAUUUUUGUGCGACAUAUUCCUAUGACAUUCCAGUCACGCCAGGAUUCCGGCCUUUGAAUGAGCUUAUUUUCGGCCGCCUGAAUUAACUCAACUCCGAAAGAACUGACUACUUAUGAAGUAUGUAUUUGACACCUUGAUUUCCGAUGCCCUUUUAAAUGUAAUUAUAUCAAACGAAUAUCACGCAUUUCUCUACGGUAUGAGGAAGGUGGCAUAUAGCACUCACAAACCGUGCAGUGGAUGCGGACCAGGCUCCAUACUUUAUGAGAAACGCCAAUAAACCUGCUGACGAGACGCUGUAUGAAUGGACAUCUCACGGUCUGAUAAUUAGAAGCUUCUUUAAAACCAGAAGGCACUCAUUCUUCAAGUAGGGAAUUUAGAGAAGAUGUAAUUUGCUAUCAAAUGAGUACAAGAAAGAGUACAAUCAACUCUGUGAGCUGUGUUCAUUGAAUAUACUGCACCGGACCGUCUAUAACAGACGACCCAGCCUUGUACUAUGAAACACCGAAUCGAAAUAAUCGUGUCUGACUAAGACCCACUUAAAUAAGUAGGGGUGUAGGGGUGUCAGCGGUUGAUUCACGUGAAGGUCGUAGUGGUCGCUCACUUGCUUGCAGGUGAGACUACGCCUAGCGUCCACUUGCUGGCACUCAACUCUCACCUGUGGCUCCACGUAGCUGGGCUCUGCUCAGCGGCCACACCCCGGGCAACCGCCUCGACCGGCGGGCUAAACCAGGUGAGGGCGGUUACUCCCUGUGCGCGUUGUGCCGCGUGCACAGGUGACUGCGGACUCCGUGGACGGUUGGUCGGAUGGAACACCGCGUCGGCGCCGUCGUGACGAGGCUCCGCCUGGUACACCGUGGAUAAGCCGGCGGGAUGGAUCUCCGAAUUGGCACCGUCGACACGCGCCCAUCUGUUGCACCGUAGGAGACCGCAGGCCUGCGGCAAUACCGUAAGCCAUUGGCAAAUUCGAGUCGUUCUUCCACUGCCUAAAAACUCGUGGCCCACAGCGGAGUUCGGCCGCGCCGGCACAUCAAGGAGCCCUAUUCAGGGUCAGGGCACUGCUUCCUUCGGGGCGGGCCUGGAAAAGCUGGCCUAAAAAUUGCUGGGGAACCACGUCGUCUGCCGGCGCACCGUGGUCGCAGACGCAAAACUCAAGGUCGAAACAAUCAAACUCGAAACAACAAUCAUACUCAUUCUCCUCAUCCUACCUCUUCUUCCUCUACCUCCGUCCAUUCUUCUGCCUAUUCUUCCCCUUCGUCAUCUUCUUCUCCACCUCCUUCCCGUCGCCCCACUCGCUUUCCCCAGACUGACAGGGUGAGCCCGCUCCCUCUGGCAGCCUGGAAUGUUCGUUCCCUUUUAGACAAUCCGAGGAGCAACCGACCGGAACGGAGGACGGCGCUAGUGGCACGAGAACUGGCGCGCUACAAGGUGGACAUUGCCGCACUCAGCGAGACCCGUUUCUCCGAACAAGGCCAACUGGAGGAGGUGGGUGCCGGCUACACCUUCUUCUGGAGUGGUCGACCCAAGGCAGAGCGACGGGACGCGGGCGUCGCCUUCGCCAUCCGGACCGACAUCGUGGGACGAUUGCCCAGUCUGCCGCAGGGAAUCAACGAUCGAUUGAUGAGCCUCCGUCUGCCUCUCCGGGGUGGGGGAAAAUUCGCCACCAUCAUCAGCGUCUACGCUCCGACGAUGACCAACCCCGACGCCGUCAGAGACAAAUUCUACGAGGACCUGCAUGCCCUCUUGGCGACUGUGUCGAAGGCGGACAAGUUGAUGAUCCCUGGCGACUUCAACGCCCGCGUCGGCACAGACCAUACUGCCUGGAGGGGAGUGCUGGGUCCCCACGGUCUCGGCGGCUCCAACGACAAUGGCCUGCUGCUUCUCCGCACCUGCGCAGAACACCGCCUCAUCCUGACGAACACGUUCUUCUGUCUGCCGGAGCGAGAGAAGGCCACCUGGAGGCAUCCUCGGUCGCGUCAGUGGCACCUGCUGGACUAUGUCCUCGUCUGGAGGCGAGAUCAGCGGGACGUGCUGGUGACGAAGGCGAUCGCGGUAGCUGAUGGGUGGACCGACCAUCGCCUCGUCAUCUCGAAGAUGCGUAUUCGCCUACAGCCUCGCAGGAGACCACAAGGUAAGCGACCUCCAGGUAAGCUGAAUGUUGCCUUGUUGUCUUUGCCCGCUUACCAUCUUCAUUUCAGCAAUGAGCUAGCUCAAGGGCUAGACAACCUUCCAAUCGCUGCCGCCGCCGACACCGCCGCCGCUGCCGAGAACGCCUCCGUGGAGAAUCGCUGGUGUCAACUGCGAGACACGGUCCAGUCGACGGCGCUCGCCGUCCUCGGUCGCGCUCCCCGCCAACACCAGGACUGGUUCGACGACAACGACGCCGCCAUCAGAAAUCUGCUUGCUGAGAAGAACCGCCUCCACAAAGCCUACGUAGAUCACCCUACUGAGGACAACAAAGCUGCCUUCUACGGCAGUCGCCGACAGCUUCAGCAACGACUGCGCGAGAUGCAGGACGCCUGGACUGCUCGCAAAGCUGAGGAGAUCCAAGGCUACGCGGACCGCAACGAAUGGAAGAACUUCUUCUCUGCGAUCAAAGCUGUCUACGGUCCGCCGACGAAGGGCACUGCUCCUCUCCUCAACGCCGACGGCAGCACUCUCCUGACUGAGAAGACGCAAAUCCUACAGCGAUGGGCCGAGCAUUUCCGAGGCGUCCUCAACCGCCCUUCCGCCAUCUCUGACGCCGCCAUCGAGCGUUUGCCGCAAGUGGAGACCAACGUGGACCUCGACCUCCCGCCAUCUCUCCAGGAGACCAUCAGGGCCGUGCAGCAACUCUCCAACGGGAAAGCACCCGGAUCGGACGCAAUCCCUGCUGAGGUCUACAAGCACGGAGGUCCCCUACUGAUGGAUCAUCUGACUGCGCUCUUCCAGGAGAUGUGGCGUCAAGGCGAAGUCCCGCAAGAUUUCAAGGACGCAACUAUCGUGCACUUUUACAAGCGCAAAGGGAAUCACCAAGUCUGCGACAACCACCGCGGCAUCUCUCUACUGAACAUCGCCGGGAAGAUCUUCGCUCGCAUCCUGCUCAACCGCCUCAACAUCCAUCUGGAACAGGGCCUUCUGCCGGAAAGCUAA